UUAUUUUUAGAAAAAUACGCGUACUGAGUGCCUGGUAUUAGAACUGAUGAACUGAAUAAGUGGUCAGAUAUAACAGGACUUCGGGCAGGACAAUACUGUUAUAUUGUUUGUGAUUCUGACACGGAUAUUUUUUAAGUUUCCAUUGUGUAAUGCCAUUGUGUGUGGGGAAAAUAAUGACACAGCAGGAAUCUAAGACACUACAGAAAUAGUAAACAUUUGUUUUUCAGGGAAAUCAACCAUUUAAAGAUGAAAAUACUUAUAACAGGAGGCGCCGGCUAUCUCGGUUCUACAAUGAUUCCCAUGUUGCUGGAAAGGGGUCACGAGGUCACACUAUAUGACCUUUUCUUCUGGGGCAUUAGCCCCUUAUUGCCAAUCGCAGACAACCCAAACCUCCAUAUCAUCAAAGGAGAUAUUAGGGAUCGGGAACAUCUUGCCAGUGUGAUGGCCGAAAAGGACGCCAUAGUUCAUUUAGCAGCUAUUGUCGGGUAUCCGGCUUGUGACAAAGAUCCGGAAUGCGCUAUCAACACAAACAUUGUGGGUACCAAAAAUAUCACCGAGUUUAAAACCCCCAACCAGAUACUAGUUUACGCCAGCACAGGAUCAUGCUAUGGUGCUGUUGACGGUUUGUGUACGGAAGAAACUAACAUAAGUCCAUUAACUCUGUAUGGAAGCAGUAAAGCCGACGGAGAAAAAAUGGUGCUAGCCGUCGGUGGCAUUGCGCUACGACUUGCAACAGUGUUUGGUUUGUCGCCAAGGCUUAGACUAGACCUUCUCAUAAACGAUCUAACAUAUAAGGCACUUACGCUAAAAGAAUUCGAUCUUUACGAGGGAAGUUUCCGACGUACGUUUCUGCACGUGAAGGAUGCUGCGCGUGCUUUCAUUUUCGCCGUGGAACAUGCGUCAAUAAUGAAAGGACAGGCUUACAAUGUCGGAGACGAAAAAAUGAACAUGACAAAAUCACAAGUUGCACAGCUUAUUCAGAAAAACGUGGACGGUUGCAAUAUAACGGAGUCGAACUCAGGUGUAGACAAAGACAAAAGAGAUUAUGAGGUGUCAUACGCAAAAAUUCGGAAACUCGGGUACCAGUCAACAAUCUCUGUGGAGCAGGGAAUCAGAGAUAUGCUUAAAGUGCUCCCACACAUACUCACCGUCGAACUCAGCAGAUGCAAGAACGUUUAAACCAAUUUUUAUUUUCUUGAAUUUUGACAGCGUCUUUUCUGUUACAGAAUUAAAGAUCAACUUUUAUAAACAUGAAAUUUUCGAUUCUAAUGAAUAUUUUUAAAUUUUUGCUUGUAAUUAUGUGACUUAACGAUUUCUUUGCACAUGCGCAUGUGGAAUCAUUACAAUUCCCAGUUAUAAUCAGAUUUGAUUGUUGGGCAGUACACCGUAGCGUUUUGUUGACCUUGUGUGAAAUGCUUGCGAAAUGGUACAAAUUGCAAAGAUUUUAACACUUGCAUUAUUUUUAUCAUGUACAUACGUACGUACAUAAAUUAUUUAUUUUAACGUUUUCAUGUUUGCCGAUAUAACAUGGCUUUAUAAUGCAGCAAAUUGGUGUAAUAUAAUAAAUCAUAUA